AUGGGCGGGGCUCAGUGCGCGCGCGGCGGUGUCGCGAGGCGGAGAGUACAGCGCACGGUGUGUAGGUGUCCCGACGGCUCGGUGCGCGCAGCCGGUACUUGUGUCAACGUGAACGAGUGCGAGGGCAGCCCGUGCCGGAACGGCGGCACGUGCGUGGACCGAGAGCCGGCGCGCCGCUACGACUGUGUGUGCGCGUUCGGCUACGCCGGCCACGACUGCGAGCUCGAGCUGCUCGCCUCCGGCAUCAUCACACCCUCCAGAGAUUUCAUUAUAGCUAUCAUUGUUUGUUUGUUCAUGCUUUUAGUCCUGGUGUUAGUGUUCGUGGUAUACAACCGACGUCGGGAGGCACACAUCAAGUACCCCGGCCCCGAUGAUGACGUCCGCGAGAAUAUCAUCAACUACGACGAUGAAGGCGGCGGUGAAGACGACAUGACGGCCUUCGACAUCACUCCACUACAGAUACCCAUCGGCGGACCACUUCCUGACCAUGCGCCUACUAAGUUACCAUAUCCUGUAAUGGGCCUAGGCCUGGGAGUUGGUCCGAUGGGCGUAGGUGUAGGCGUCCCACCGGGCGUAGGAGUGGGCGUACCGCUUCCGGGAGAGACCAACGUGGGCAUGUUCAUCGAGGAGCACAAGCGGCGCGCUGACAGUGACCCCAACGCGCCGCCCUUCGACGACCUGCGCAACUACGCGUACGAGGGCGGCGGCAGCACCGCCGGAUCUCUCUCCUCGCUCGCAUCCGGUACCGACGACGAGACGCACGAGUACGACUACCUGGGCGCGUGGGGGCCGCGGUUCAACAAGCUGGCUGACCUGUACGGGCCGGACCUGGACGAGCAGCUGUAA